CAACAGUGUCAACAUUAAAUUUAAUUUAACCUUGAAUAUUUUUAAAUAAAAAUAGCUACUCCACUACUCCGUGUUAUCUUUAAAGUGUAAAUAUAAAUAGAGAGAUAAAUGAAAAAAGUUCACUCUUGAUUCUUUAUCGUAGCGAAGCCUUCUAUUAAUAGCGCUUCACCCGGUUGUUCGGUCAAAAAGAUCAAAAUCAAUCGAAAAUGUUAUCGGCUAUUAAAAACGCAAUAAACAUUGUACCGAAAUGCAAUUACAGCGUUUUACCGGCGGCAACUCCAUCUCCUAACGUCUUAUACUCCGGACUUUUCAUUAACAACGAAUGGCACAAAUCGAAAUCCGGAAAGACAUUCCAAACGGUCAAUCCCACGACAGGAAAAGUCAUCACGGAGGUCCAACAAGGCGGCAAGGAAGACAUAAAUUUGGCUGUUGAAGCAGCCAACGAGGCCUUCCGAAGGGGCUCCAAAUGGCGAACCAUGGACGCCUCAGCUCGAGGCCGUUUGCUGUACAAACUGGCCGAUUUGCUCGAACGAGACAUCGCAUACGUAGCCAGUUUGGAAACGCUCGAUAACGGCAAACCGUACGCCCACGCCUUGGGCGACAUCAGCGCCUCGGUGGGCGUGCUCCGCUACUACGGCGGCUUCGCCGACAAAAUCCACGGCAAAGUCAUGCCCGCCGACGGGAAAUUCUUCGCGUACACGCGCCACGAACCGGUCGGCGUCUGCGGCCAAAUCAUCCCCUGGAACUUCCCUAUGUUGAUGUUCUCUUGGAAAAUCGCCCCCGCUCUAGCCAUGGGCAACACGGUGGUGUUGAAACCGGCCGAGCAGACCCCGUUGACGGCCUUGUACGUGGCGGAACUGGCCAAAGAGGCCGGUUUCCCGGCUGGGGUGUUGAACGUGGUGCCCGGUUACGGGGACGCCGGGGCGGCUCUCGUGGACAACCCCAAAGUCGAUAAGAUCGCUUUCACGGGUUCCACGGAGGUGGGGAAGUUGAUACAGGCGAAUUCGGCGAAGAAUAAUUUGAAGAGGACUACGUUGGAAUUGGGCGGGAAGAGUCCCAGUAUAAUUUUGUCCGAUGUGGAUUUGGAUGUGGUGGUGGAGAAUUGCCAUCAGGCGGUGUUCUUUAACGCCGGGCAGGUCUGUUGCGCCGGUACCAGGACUUAUAUAGACGAUAAAAUCUACGAUGAGUUCGUCGAGAGGUCCGUGGAGCGGGCCAAAAAACGCGUUGUCGGCGAUCCGUUCGAUCCCAAAACCGAACAAGGUCCGCAAAUCGACGAGGCCCAAUUGAACAAAAUAUUGGGUUUGAUUAAAGAAGGUCAAAAUCAAGGCGCCAGAUUGGUGCACGGAGGCGGUAGAUACGGUACCGAAGGGUUCUUCGUCGAACCCACCGUGUUCGCCGAUGUCAAGGACGAUAACAUCAUUGCCAGAGAAGAGAUUUUCGGACCAGUACAGCAAUUGCUGAGAUUCAAAGGAUUGGACGAGCUGAUCGAUCGGGCGAACGACACGAACUACGGCCUCGCCGCUGCGGUAUUCAGCAAAGAUGCUGAUAAGAUUAACUAUCUCACGCAAGGUAUCAGAGCCGGCACGGUGUGGGUGAAUUGCUACAAUGUAUUCAGCCCGCAAGUACCAUUCGGCGGUUUUAAAGAAUCCGGAUCUGGAAGGGAGUUGGGAGAGUACGGUUUGCAACAGUACACCGAAGUAAAAGCCAUUGUUCAAGCGAUUCCCGUGAAGAACUCCUAAAAAUGUAUUUAACUAAUUUUUGUUUACCUAAUACGCUUUAAUAUUCCUUUUGUUAUGUACUAUAUUAAUAAAGUUGCUCGAUAUUUUACUAUUU